AUGUGUCUCCUUUUUACCUUGGGGUGCAGCAUGAAGCUCCGUCAUGUGAUCCUGGGCUCCCUGCUUCUCCUGAUACUGGCUGGCUGUGUCAGUGCACUCAAAGCCUCCAACAUCAACCUGCGCACCUUCAUUGGCUGCGCUGUGCGUGAGUUCACCUUCCUGGCUAGGAAACCUGGCUGCAAGGGGAUGCGCAUCACCACGGACGCCUGCUGGGGGCGCUGCGAGACUUGGGAGAAGCCUGUGCUGGAUCCCCCGUACGUCGACGCGCACCAUCGAGUUUGCACCUACAAUGAGACUAAGUUGGUUACGGUGAAGCUGCCGAAUUGUGCUGAUGCUGUGGACCCUUCCUACACAUACCCUAUGGCCAUACGGUGUGACUGCGGGGUCUGUUCUACUGCAACUACUGAAUGUGAGACUGUCUGA